GCGGCGGCGGCGGCGGGCGGCGCGGGCUGGCGGCUGCCGGGGCGGGUGCUAGAGCUGGUGUUCUCCUACCUGGAGCUGCGGGAGUUGCGCAGCUGCGCGCUGGUCUGCAAGCUGUGGCACCGGGUCCUGCACGGCGACGAGAACAGCGAGGUGUGGCGCAGCCUGGCCGCGCGUUGCCUGGCCGAGGAGGCGCUGCGCACCGACGUGCUCUGCAACGUGCCCACCUACAAGGGCAAGGUACGUGCCUUUCAUCAUGCUUUCAGCACCAAUGACUGCUCCAGGAACGUCUACAUCAAGAAGAAUGGGUUUACUUUGCACCGGAACCCCAUUGCUCAGAGCACCGAUGGGGCAAGGACCAAGAUUGGCUUCAGUGAGGGUCGUCACGCGUGGGAGGUCUGGUGGGAAGGCCCUCUUGGCACAGUAGCCGUAAUUGGAAUUGCCACAAAACGGGCUCCCAUGCAGUGUCAGGGUUAUGUGGCGCUGCUGGGCAGUGACGACCAGAGCUGGGGUUGGAACCUGGUGGACAAUAACUUGCUACAUAAUGGAGAGGUAAAUGGCAGCUUCCCACAGUGCAAUAAUGCACCAAAGUACCAGAUAGGUGAGAGGAUUCGAGUCAUCUUAGACAUGGAAGACAAGACAUUAGCCUUUGAGCGUGGCUAUGAGUUCUUGGGAGUUGCAUUCAGAGGAUUGCCAAAGGUUUGCCUGUAUCCAGCAGUGUCAGCUGUGUAUGGCAACACAGAGGUGACUUUGGUCUACUUAGGAAAGCCUCUAGAUGGAUGACAUUGAUUGGCUCUUUCGGACAUCUGGAUGUGGAUGAUCUGGAGGAGGAAUCUGCAUGUUGGUUAGAGGGAAACUCAAAUUUGAAUUAACAAAUGGAUGCAUAUCCAAGAAACAUCUAGGAAAACAGUGGAUUUGCUGCGGAGGAUCAGCCAUACUGCAGGGAUUGUUACAUUUCCUCUUUCUACCAAGCCAGAAAAAUCCUCAGGGUUGCAGUUGGUUGAGUGGGCAGUUGACACAUUCAUGUUGCAACAGGUUUCAUUGCUGAGAUGGUAGUGUGUGAUCUCAAAUACUUAAGGAAGAAUUUGAUAGAAGUGGUUGAGGAAAUUAACCUGAGAUUUGUAAGUAGCGUGUUUUGUGAAAGACUCCCAUUUUAAAACUGCUCGUUUGUUCCUUCCUUCCCUCCUUCGGGCCAGUGAGAGUACCAGAGGAGAAUAAAACUGGUUGGGUUUUAGUUAAAAUUUUUAACUUGCUGAGAAGCAUGGUCUGUCUGGACUACUUCUUUAGUAUAUAAUGAGAUAUAAAAUGUGUGCAGCUAUUUUUAAGUGUAUUUUAAAGGUUGUAUAUACAGAACAUGUAAAAAAAAAAAAAAAAAAAAAAAGUGCUCAAAACAAAACAAAGGAUUUGCUUUGUUCUAAUUGGGAUAUCAUUAAAGGAAAAACCACUACAUGGCAUAAGAAGAACCUCUGAUGGGUGGAAGACCUACACGCAAAAGUAUAUACAUAUAUUUUUUUUUUUUGUGUUGUAAAGCAUCUAGGAAUGCUCUUGUGGAGUAAGGUGCUACGUUAGUUCAUUUGUAUGUGGCUAAAAGUUUACAUGGCUUCAGCAGUCUUUAUUCUAUUUAUAAAAAAAGAAACAGAAAAACUCCCCAUGUAUUUUGUUUUGCCACAGAUACGGAUUCCUAUGAAAAAGGGACGGCAAACCUGUGUGUGUUGUACAAUUUCUCUUGACAUAUAAAAAUGAUCUUUAAGAGGUCUUAUGCUUCCUACUUGACAUAAAAUGGGGCUUUCAGAGUAGUCUGAAAAAUAAUGUUGAACUUCUUGGGGCUAGAUUUUUAUUUUCUAUUUAAGGUGGUUGUUUAAGAGCUUAAUUCUUUAUUUUACUUUUAUUUAAUUUGGUUUGAAAAGAAAACAACAACCCUAAAUAUUGAAGUCUGGGUUCUCUUUAUCUGCAGUCAAGACUAAAGUCUCACCUUUCUCUGGCAGUGAAACUAACUGGUCAGCAUUACAGUAUUCUUUGUGGAAGCUGAGAAGGCUGUGAAGCCAAUCAGUUGUGUGCUAAAGAAGUACUUGCAGGUGAUAUAGCAGCUGCUUUCCCCAGAGGCUGAAAGCUCUGCAAAGAUCUAGGAAUCAGAACUCGUGGUAGAGGUGAUACCUUUUGUUAGACAAACUAGAUUUUUGCAAAAAAAGUCUUUGCUUGCAAUUGGAGAAAAUCCUUUAAUCACAAUUAAAUAAUUUUCUUUGCAAAAAUCUGGUUGGUGUAAUAAAAGGUAUCGCCUCUACCACAAGUUCUGAUUCCUUUUGCCUUUAGACUGAUAUGGCUACAGCCUGGAUAUCUGCAGAGAUCUGAAAACUUUCCAGCCUUUGAGUAGAAGGCAGGAUUAGCCCCAAACCUUGGUUUCCCCUGUGGCCAUCUAUAGAUCUUAACCUCUAAGUCCUGAGGCUUGCCCUUGUUAUUUAUGUCUCGUUUCCCUAGGCCUAUCUGAAUUUGCUCAGGAUUACUGAAGGAAUACUUUGUAGUGAGGAAGAAGGAAACAUUUAUACAGUCUCUUCGUUUAUCUCUGCUAGAAAAUAUAAAUCAUGAUCAUCUUAGAGACACCUUUGUAUGGGCAAGAGAAACAUUUUUCUGAAGUUAUUGCUAAGAUUUUUUUUGUUUGUUUUUAACCUCAGAGGAAGCCAGGGAAGAUGGUACCCAUGGCU